CGGUUUGACUUCUUCACUGAGGAAGACAAACUGCGAAGGCCAAAAGCGAAACCAAAGAGAAAGAAGCAGAAAGAGAGAGAGAGAGAGAGAGAGAGAGAGAGAUCUUGGAGACCCACUUCCCACUAAGUGUUUUUCUCUCGUGUCUUAAGUAAAAAAUGGUUGCAAAAACCCCACCAAAGCAGAGAAAAAUGGUAGCCCCUCUCAAUCCUCUUCUCCUCAGAGAAACAGUGAAGAAGGUGGAUAGAUGUAUGGCUCGGUUGCAGGAGCUGCAGUACACAGUUUCGGGCGGUACGAAGGUGAUCUCAGGAGUGAGUCUCAGCCCUCGGAGUACUAGAGGCUAUCUCAGGACUAGCCUCCGAUGCAAACAAGAAACUGCAAGGAUUAAAGGCUCAGCCCCUAGAAAAUCUCCUGUUGGCAAGUUUCCAGCAAAGGCAGGAGGGGAGUGGCAGAGAAUGUCCUUGCCGGCAAUGCUGGUCGGUGAAACCGUCGGAGAAAUUCUACAAGCAAGCCAAUUUGCGAGAGAAAUAAUAGCAGCAGUUGGCAACAAAACAAAGAAAACCACUUCCGAAGACCCCACAACCCCAAUGACACAACAGAGGAAACAAAAGCAGAACCCUGAAAACACAGAGCUCAGGGCCAGAAGAAAGAAGGAGAAGCACAACAAGUCUCAAUCCACUCGAUCAGAAUCCGGUUCCCCGGUACUGCAACGGGCUCGUUCCCGGAUCAAUUUCAAGGUCUCACCUCCACACAAGAGAGAAAUAGAGAAAGAAAACAACAGAUACGUGGCAAACAGAGUAUCUCCGAAAAAUAGGCCAUGGGCUAAAAAAAGUGUGCUGUUUCCCAACCCUUUGUUUUCGGCUUCAGAUUCUUCUCAGCAGCAGAAGUUCUGCAGAACAAGGUCACCGGUCAUUGGCAGAAACGAUUGUAACAAUGAUAGGCCAAGGAUUCAGACUCCGCACAAGUUCUUGAUCAAGUCCCCCACUUCUGCUUCGAAGUUUCCUUCACCUUCCAAGUUUCAGAUCAAGAUCAAGAGCCCUCCAUUGGUUUCUUCUCUGUCUCCAACGAAAGCCAAGAGGUCACCGAAGAUGUCAACUGCUUCAAAACUUCGCAGGUCAUUUUCGCCGUCAAGAUUGGCAACUAGGUUGGUGUCACCAUUGAAGAGCAGAAAGAGUGUGCAGAAGAGUAGUGAGGGAGCACUAUUAAUGCAUGGUUUGAAACAGCGUCCGACUUGCUCAGUGCCAUUGGGACUUUCAGCUCGGAGAAUUUGAAAUAUGUUUAUGCAUAGAUUGGUGGUUUGGUUUGAUUCUUUUGGUGUUUCAGAUAUUUUCUCAAUGUCCAUAGUCUCAAAAUUUCAUUGUUCAUUUUUCGCUUAUGAGUGUGAAUUUGUCAUCCAUUUUUUCAUGUACAAGAUUUGACUUUCGAGUGAUAUUCAAUAAGUUCGAAUUUUUUUUUU